AUGGGAUGAAUGAUUGUAGAUGUUGAGAUUUUCAGAAACGAAUUGUAAUAUAAACAAAUUUAGACAAAGGGGGUCGAUUCUGGUGUCUUGGAAAGUAGUAGCUUUAGCUUAAGGACGAGCCGUGGAGGAGGAGGAGGAUAAACGGGAUUAUCUAUGUCGGAUCCAUACGAGAGAGUGAAAGGAGGGAGGCUGAGCUUCAAAGGCAGCGGUGUCGCCAGUCGGAGCAAAUCCAUCGACAAGAAGCACAAAAAGAAGAAAAAAGAAACAGCAGAAGAAGCAUUUGUUCCAGAAUUCGUCCCAGAGGAGGAUGUUCCCGUUACUGAUAUCACUGUCAAUGUCGACGCCUCAACAGCAGGAGAGGUAGGAGGAGACAUAUACACAAUUGAUGCUGCGAAGCGUAUGAAGUAUGACCAGUUGUUCCCUGUUGAGGCCAAGAAGUUCGGUUAUCAGGCAAAGGCUAAGUUGAAAUCUGUUGAGGAAGCUCUGGAUGAUCGAGUGAAGAAGAAAGCUGAUCGUUACUGUAAAUAAAUCGGAAUUAGGGUUUUCCUUUCCGGAAAAAAUCUCACCCCCUUUCAGGUAAUCUAUGAAAAGCCAGUAUCAGUUCAAACUACCCUAGAAGAAGUAGAUUGCAUUUAUCUUUAUUAUGUCAAAGAUCAAGCUUUAAUUAAUUGUUUUU